AUUCUGGGUUUAUUUUCACUAUUUUUGGAACCAUUUCAAAUGGCGUUUUGAGAUAUUCUGGUAUGCACUCUUGGACCUAAUCUGAAAACUGGAACCAUUCUGCAAUCUGAGUCUUCGCACCUCCAAAAUCAGUUGGUGAUUGUUUCUGUUUUUGGGCCCUAAUCAAAACCUUGACAUUUUGUAGAUCCUUACAACAACCGUGGACACUAAGGCUCCAGUUCGUUCGAAGUAAGUGUCCUAUCAUUUCUUUAACUUUUCUGAUGGCUCAGCCAGGCUCCCUCCCUAACCCAGACUUCUCAAAUGGUGUCCAUGGUCCACUAGGGAUUUGUUCAGACCUGGAUACGCAGAGAGGAAGAGAGGAUGAGGAGGGAGAAGGGGAAGAUGAGGAUGUGGAACUAGCCGAGGAAGUCGGGGAGGAUGUGGAGGCAGGAGGUGAAAGACAGGAGGAGCAUUGGGAAGGAGGCGUGAAAGGAGAGGAUGUAGAACACAUAAUGAUACAUGAGCUGACAAGUGAGAAAGAGGCUGAAGGCGAGGAAGAGCAUGGGUCAGAAGAAACAGAGGCAGGGAAUGAAAAUCCAUGUCACUUUUCAGAAGUGAUAGAGGAUGAAACAGGCCAAGAGCAGAUUAUAGACAACAAUAAAGAAACAGAAGAAGAAGAAAAUGAACAAGAAGCAGUGAUAGCAAGUUCAGAAACAAAGGUUAGGGAGGAUAACACAGAUGACGGAUUAGAAGAACACCAGGAAGUAUCCACCACCGAUGAUGCAGAGUAUGUUCAGGAGUCAGAAGAGGAUGCACAGCUGUGUACUGGUGACACAGACGAAACAGAAGUUGUUAUUCUGCCCACUGAUGGUGAGGUUACAAAAAGCCUUGAGGAUGCAACAGUAGUAAUCCCUGUUGCUAUGGGGAUAGCAGUCAACCAUCAAGAUGAUCUAUACCAAACCUCAACUGAUGGCAACUAUGGCGUACACUUCGAUACAGAGGCCAUACAUGAAGUCAAUCAGACCAACCAGUUCGCUAGCGAGGAAGAAGAUGACAUUCAAAACACUGAUGAAAAGGACAACCCAGAAUCUAGGAAACAGGAAGUUCAGACCGUACAUAAAACUGUCACAUGGAAACAGGAGGAUUAUUUAGAGGAAAAGUUUGAUGAUGAACAAACCAAUGAGAUUGAGAAAGAUGCAACGUCUACUUCUGAUGAUGUUCUAGACAUACGGGGUGAAGUAGACCAGAAGGAGGACACAUCGGACUUUGCAUUUGACCUCUCUGAAGAACAGACAGAAGGAGGGGUUGAGGAAAGAACUGUGGUAGGGAUCAACGAGAGGGAGGAAGAGGAAAAGCAAGUGCGACAGGUUGGGGUUAAUUCUCUAACUGUGAUGGAUGGGGGAGGACAGAGUGCGGAAGAGGAUGGGAAGACAGCUGAUAACGCUAUUACAGAUACAAUGGGGGAGGAAGAGCCCAGAGGAGAAGUUAAUGUACACGUGCAAGAAGAGAAGGUUGUUGAAGUUGAAAUGCAGGAACCAGUUCUUCAGUGUGUUGAGGAGGUUCCUUUAGACAUGCAAGAACACGAAGACAUGGAUCUGGUGGAAGAGGCCUUUGAGCUGGAGGAAGAGGGUGAAGUUGAACCUGAUCAGCCAAUAGAUGAGGUUAAAUCAGAAGAUACUGAGUCCAGAAUCAGAGGUGAUAUGCAGGAACAUCCUUGGCAGCAAGAAAGAGGGGGAGAUUUGGAAGAAGAAUUGAGAGAACAGCCAAGAGGGCAGGCCCUCGUAGAAGACGAAAAGGGAGCAGGAGCAGAAGUGGAAGCAAUGGAGGAAGAGAUAGAUAUGGAACAAGAACCUGUGACUGUUUUGGAUGAUGAUAUUGAAGAGAUAGAGGACAGUCCAAGGAGAGAAGGUGAAGAAGAAGAAGUGCACGCCACGAUUCAAGACCCUUCUGAAGACACCAUAGCAGAGACCAAGGAUGAAGAGUGUCAAGAACGGCAAGGAGAGAAUCUUGAACGUAGUAAGGAGAAUGAUGAGAAACAGAACAAUGAAAUAGAAGAUGUACAGAAACUAGAUGACAGCAGAGAGGUAGAAGGAAAGGAAAAGACACAAGAUGAAUGUAAAGAGGUAGAGAAGGAUGAUAAACCACAAGAGGACAACAGAGAGGUAGAGUUGGACAUAAAUGGAAGAGUUAAAGAACUGAAGCCAGCAAUGGAAAAUGGGAUCUUGUCACCUGAGCUGAAGAAUGAAGAAUGUGGCAUGGCAAAGGUUGCAUCACUCAGGAGAAGAGAUAACGACUGGAUCAAAACAGUUCAACCAGAGGAAAAGAGUGCCCCAGAAAACGAACUGUGGAGGAAAGAACUGAGGCCUGUGAGAAAGGAUGUCUGGGAAUCUGAGAGUGGAAAAAAAGAAUGGUCGAGGAAGGAGACAUCAGCAGAUCUGAAAAGUCCUCCAAGGAAGGAUGACUGGAUAAAGGAGCUGAAGUCAGUGAUCAAAAAUGAAUCGUUGCCCAAGAAGGGGAAUGAGCAGGUGAAGAAAAAGCGAGUGGUGCUGUUGGAGGAUGGACAUUCGUACAUCCCCCAGCGUGAGGAGAUGAUCGAGGACACGAGGGAGGAAGUGAAACUGAUCUCCCAUAGGAGGCCGGAGAGCUCCUUUCCCGCUGGGCACAAGAACAACAAAACACCCCAGGACCAGGACUACGAGAUCUCCCUCUAUGUUAAGGCUGGAAGUGAUGGGGAGAGCGUUGGUAACUGUCCAUUCUCUCAGAGACUCUUUAUGAUCCUGUGGCUUAAAGGGGUCAUCUUCAACGUCACCACUGUUGACCUCAAACGGAAGCCGGCGGACCUUCAGGACCUCGCUCCAGGAACCAACCCUCCCUUUGUCACCUUCAACGGCGAGGUCAAGGUCGAUGUCAACAAGAUCGAGGAGUUCCUGGAGGAGAAACUGACCCCACCCCGCUACCCUCGACUUGCUACCAAACAUUCUGAAGCCAACACAGCGGGAAUCGAUGUGUUCGCCAAAUUCUCAGCAUACAUUAAAAACACGAGGAAAGACACCAACGAUGUCUUAGAGAAAGCCUUGCUGAAGUCCCUCCGGCGUCUUGAUGACUUCCUGAGGACUCCUCUGCCUGAGGAGAUCGACGCUGACGCCUCAGGAGAUGUGCCCGAGUCCUCCAGGAGCUUUCUAGACGGCCCUGAACUCACCCUGGCCGACUGCAACCUGCUGCCUAAACUACACAUCCUUAAGGUCGUAGCCAAGAAAUACAGAAGCUUUGAGAUUCCAGCGGAGAUGACGGGCGUGUGGAGGUACUUCAACUGCGCCUACCAGAGGGAGGAGUUCACCAGCACCUGCCCCGCUGAGAGGGAGAUCCACUUUGCCUAUCUGGAUGUUGCUAAGAAAAUCAAAUGAGAUGAAACAGAGAGGAGAGAUGUAUCAUGCCUAUCUGUAGUACAAGUAGACUAAAUGAAGACCUCCAGGAAAUAGACUAGGAAGACCUAUACAAAACAUAGUCAGUCUUUUUAACGUGUAAUGCUCUCCAUCAGCUUGGAUACCUUGUACCUAUAUGUGUAUGUUGUUUCUACGGAGUGUGUGUGUGUGUGUGUGUGUGUGUGUGUGUGCGUGUGUGUGUGUGUGUUUCUAUGUGGGCUCCCACAGGUUGGGUUGCACAGUCAUGCUCUUCUUAAUGCUUAUUAUUUGACAAUUAUUAUUAUUAUUUGAUUUUUCAGAUGGUGACUAAAUAAAUAGCAGAAUGAACAAACAUUACUUCAGUAUUACUGCAUUAGCAACCACUUCGUAAAUGUUAAGUUCAUUGUAUGUUAUCUAACAAUCUGGGUUUGGUUAACAACGUGUCUUUUAAUUUCAAAUCAUGUCAACAAUUGAUGUGAUAAUAUAUCUGGAAUUUCAUUAGCAUCAAAUUGUGAAUGUAUUGGAUUCUAGGAGCCAGUGAGGCUGAGGGAACCUUCAAGAUGUUCCCUAUAGUGUUACCAACACUUUAAUACACGUAUAUCAAACCAACCAUAUUAUCAGCCUGCUGUGUUCUGGCCUUAUAUUCUGUCUGGGGACAAACUUUAAUAAACUGAUUUUAUCACUG